AUGUGGCCAUUCUCGUCGUCGUGGAAAGAGAUUGCGCAGCAGAAAGUCGAGGAGAGGGCCAAGGCUCUCCAAACCGCCCUUCCCGCCUCUCCCGAGCAGUUGGUCUUCCUUGCCGCGCCAGCCGCAGAAAUCGUGCAGCGCAUUGCAGCUGGUGAAUGGACGGCUUCGGAGGUUCUUGAGGCCUACAUCUCCCGCGCAGUCCUAGCCCAGCAAACAAUAAACUGUUUAACAGAAGUGCUGUUUGAAGAAGCUCGCCAACAAGCACAAGCUCUCGACGACUAUGUGCAGGUCACAAAGAAACUCAAGGGCCCCCCACACGGGGUGCCCGUCAGUUUCAAAGACGUCUACGACAUUGCGGGGCACGAUUCAUCCAUGCGGUACAGCAAUCAGGCGCACAAACCAGCCGCGGUGGACGCAGAGCUGGUCAGGCUCGUCCGGGAGGCCGGCGGAAUUCCUCUUGCGAAGACCAAUGUCCCGCAGACGUUGAUGUUUUACGAGUGCGUUAAUCCGAUGUGGGGCCGAACACUGAACCCAUACAGCGCUGACCACACGUCCGGUGGUUCGAGCCGUGGCGAGGCUGCGUUGCUCGCUAUGGACGGUAGCGUGCUAGGGUGGGGCACCGAUCUUGGCGGGAGUCUGAGGUUUCCCGCGAGCUUUUGCGGGAUCUACGGCUUCAAGCCGGGACAUGGGAGGCUGCCCACAGGGAGUGUUAAGGAGAAUCUUCCUGGCCUCGACGCCAUUAAGACCAUAAUGGGACCUAUGGGACGCUCAGUGGCGGAUAUUGAACUAGCCUGCCGUGUUGGUUUUGGGCAGCAGAGCGAGAACUACGAUCCGGCACCCAUCCUAUACCGCGAUAUCGAGCUGCCUGAGAAGCUCAAAUUUGGGUAUUACGUCAAUGAUGGCUUCAUCAAGAGCUCACCCGCGUCUCAGAGAGCCGUACUUGAGACGGUGGAGGCGCUGAGCAGAGAAGGACACGAAUGUGUCGAGUUCGCUGUUCCAGAUGCGGCCAAGGCCCUCAAGUUUUUCAUGUCCCUAACACUAGCCGAUGGCAACAAGACCCUGUUCUCUCCGAUUAAAGGAGACCUCAGAGUGAGUGCCUUCCUUAGUUUACAAUGUUGUCCGAAGGGCUGGGCACGUUUGCUUAUCUCAUGGGUCCUAAGAUAUCCAAUGGGCGAUGCCGUUUUCGCAGACAUCAUGAAGCUUUGUAAAACCGCCUCUGUCGAAGAAUUCUGGUCUACAAUCGACCAACAGAAGGACUAUUUUCGCAAGUUCUACAAAGAGGUAUGGGAGAAGUACAAGUUCGAUGGUAUCAUCGCGCCCGUUCUGGCAAUCCCCGCGCUCCCCCAUGGACCCGUGGCUUACAUUUCCCCCCUGUCUUCCUCGUCCUUGCUCUACAAUAUCGUCGACAGUCCCGUCGGCACAGUCCCGGUCACGCGAGUUGACCCAAACCUUGACAGGCUCACAGACGAGUGGAGGAACCAGCCAGCGGCCAGCCCGCCAACGCUCGAAGGUCUGAUAUACAAAGGCAGCAACGCCUUCUACAAUGUUGAUAAGAUGGCUGGUCUGCCAAUUGGAGUGCAGGUCGUCGAGAAGAAGUGGGAGGAAGAGAAAGUUGUGGAGAUGAUGAAAGUCGUCGACCGUGCCCUUGGAAAGCGGGGCUUUGGGCCUGGCUCUUGGAAAGCAAAGGCACAAUAAAUACUAUUUGUAGACAUCCUAGCAUUUUUUGUAACUUAUGCAUAUGCGCACCCUAAUUAUUACCAAGUCGGAUUGAAGGAUGAUGGAGUACACAUCCUAGUAUGCACGUGGGCGCAGGCAUAGACGUCUUAGUCGAUACGGUCAGCACGUCUAUCUAAGGCUGUAGUUGCUUA